AUGAGAGAGAAGCUAUGCAACACUCUCAGUUCUGACCUUAGUGGUUCUUUUGAUGGGCUAAGUAGUGAAGAGGAAAGUGAUGAAGAAGUGUGUUAUGCAACACUUUCUGAGCAAAAAAAAGGUAAAAGAGUGGGAGAGAUUUUUAAUGCAAAUAUAGCUCCUAAAAAUAUUAAGUGGAAGGUUGGACUUGGUUUUGCCAGCAAAAUUGAAUUUAAGGAUGCUGUUAGGUCAAGUUCUAUGGCAACAGGCUGUCCCUUUAAGAUGUGGGCCUCCUAUAUUGAACCUACAAAAUGUUGGCAAAUAAAGACUCUAUUAAAUGACCACAAUUGUGUUUGGAACUACAACAACAAGCUAGUGACUGUGAAGUGGCUUGCUAACAAAUAUGGGGAUAAAAUUAGAAAAAAUCCCAACUGGAAGUUAGGAGAAAUGCAAGAAGAGUUCAAAAAAGUUUUAAAAGUUGAUGUUGGUCAAUGGAAAUGUUGUAGAGUGAGGCAAAAGGCUUUGAGGGGGGUUGAAGAUAAGAUGAGGGAGCAUUAUGCUAAUGUUAGGAAAUUUGGUGUAGAAAUUCUAAGAAGCAAUCCGAACAAUACAGUCAAAAUUAGAACUACUAGACUGCAAGAAGGGGAUGAACCAAGAUUCCAGAGGAUGUAUAUAUGCUAUGAAGCUUCAAAAAAGUCUUGGAAGGUUGGCUGCAGACCAGUACUUGGCCUUGAUGGUUGUUUAUUAAAAACAGUUUGCGGAGGACAGCUUCUUUCAGCUAUAGGAAUAGAUGGUGAUAAUAGUAUAAUGCAUGUUGCUAUGGCUGUUGUGGAAUCUGAAAAUUAUGAAAGCUGGAAAUGGUUUUUGGAAUUGUUGAUUGCAGAUCUUGAUUUAGGAGAAGGAACAAACAAAACUAUAAUCUCAGAUCAACAAAAGGGGCUGGAUAAGGCCAUUAGGGAGCUGUUGCCUUUUGUGGAACAUAGAUUUUGUACACGGCAUUUGGAAGCAAAUUUAACAAAAGUCUACACCUCACAAGCUGUUAGGAAUGCAUCUGGAAUGCAAGUACCGCAACACAUCCACAAGCUUUCAACAGUGCAAUGA